AUGCCCAACACACUGUCUCCCGAUUGGCUCAAGAAGUCCGUUUUCAAGCCCGACAUCUUCAAGGGCAAGGUUGUCUUCGUGACCGGAGGUGCAGGCACCAUUUGCCGAGUGCAGACUGAGGCCAUGAUUCUGCUGGGUGCUGACGCCGCCAUCAUCGGACGACGACCCGAGGUUACACAGAAGGCCGCCGACGAGAUGGCCCAGCUGCGACCCGGCGCCAAGGUCAUUGGUGUUGGAAACACCGACGUCCGAGAGGUCAAGUCUCUGGUUGCGGCUGCUGAGCGAACCGUCAAGGAGCUCGGCCGAAUCGACUUUGUCAUCUGUGGUGCUGCCGGCAACUUCCUGUCCGACUUCAACCACCUGUCUUCCAACGCCUUCAAGUCCGUCAUCUCCAUCGAUCUGCUUGGAUCCUACAACACCGUCAAGGCCUGUUUCCCCGAGCUGCGAAAGAACAAGGGCUCCAUCCUCUUUGUCUCCGCCACUCUCCACUACUACGGUAUCCCCUUCCAGACCCACGUCUCUGCCGCCAAGGCCGGUAUCGACGCUCUGUCAAACGCCCUGGCCGUCGAGCUCGGACCCCUGGGCAUCCGAUCCAACUGCAUUGCUCCCGGUGCCAUUGCCGGAACUGAGGGUAUCGACCGACUUCUCCCCGCAGACAUGCGAGAGAAGGCUCUGUCUCUGAUCCCCGCCCAGCGAUGGGGCCAGACCGAGGACAUUGCCAACGGUACCGUCUACGUCUUCUCCGAGGCCGCCUCUUACGUCUCCGGAACCACCAUCGUUGUUGAUGGUGCCGGAUGGCACACCUCCAACGGUGCUGCCAACAACGCCGUUUACCCCCAGAUGCUCAUUGCCCAGGGUAACGACACCCCCAAGCUCUAA